AACUGCGCUGCGGCUGCGUGGCGGGCCGCGAGUAUAAUGUCACCGUGAAUGCGCUCCUGCCGCCAGUGAGCCAGGAACGCCGAGAGCGCAGACGCAAAACGACGAUGAAGGGACGGAUUUUCCUGCUUAUGCAGCUGCUGCACUUGGCUGUCUCCUUCAAAACGGACUGUCCUCGGCCAUGCAUCCCGCUGGAAACCUGCUCAGAGCUGGCAGCGCUAAUACGAACCGCUGACGUUAAAGUUGUUCAGGAAGCGACGUGUGCCUUCCAAGGUGUCAUGCCCCUGGUUUGCUGUCCUGAAUCCUCAACACCCACGCCCAGUCCCACGCCCACGCCCACCCCCAACCCCACCCCCAAGCCAUUCGUCUCCGGCCUGCUGCCUAAGGACUGCGGUCAAUUUGCCAAUUUACAGGGCAAUAGGGUCCAUGGAGGCAACAAGACUCGUCUCGGGGAAUACCCCUGGAUGGCUGCUCUCGGCUAUAACAACGCCCUGACCAACAAAGUCGACUUCCUGUGUGGCGGGUCUGUGAUCAACGAGCGUUACGUGCUCACGGCGGCUCACUGCGUGUCCCCCAAGCAGCCGGAUAUCAUCCGGCUGGGAGAGUGGGACCUGUCCACUGAUGAGGACUGCGAGAUCACCGACUCGGGUUUCGAGUUCUGUGCUCCUGAACCAGCGCAGGACUUUUUAUAUGAGGAGAUCCUGAGCCACCCAGACUAUAACUCUCGCGCUCAAGUGUCAGACGACAUUGCUCUCAUCAGACUCACCACGCCUAUCAACUUUAGGCGAAACAGGUGGAUCCAGCCAGUGUGUAUGCCAGAGCAGGAUUUCAACGUGCGGUCCGCCGCGGACCAAAGGAACGCAGUGGUGUCUGGCUGGGGCUUCACGGAGAAUGGAACUGUUAGCGAUGUGCUGCUGCAAGUGUACCUGCCUAUGGUGGACAACGACGUCUGCAAUACAACCUACAAGGGCAGAGUGUUGGAUGAACAGGUGUGCUUUGGAGGAGUGAAGGGUAAGGACUCGUGUGGCGGGGACUCUGGCGGCCCCUUGGUAAUCUCUGCCUCCCAAGCCCCGCCUUUCACGCAGAUCGGCAUCGUCUCCUACGGGCCGAGGGACUGCGGCAGGGAGGGGGUGCCCGGCGUGUACACCUCCGUGGCUAAGUACAGGAACUGGAUUGAGCAGACCCUGAGGGAAUAGUAGGGAAGAGAGGAAUACAUCGCAGGGUUAGGAGACGCAUGUGACCUUUGGUUUGUGUUUAUGUAGGUUGUUAUUUUUCACAAUAACCAUAAUGUCACUAUUAUCGCUAUUAUUAUUAUUUUUUUUAUUAUCAUUAUUAUUAUUAUUGUUAUUAUUGUUAUUAUUAUUAUUAUUAUUAUUAUUAUUAUUAUUAUUAUUAUUAUUAUUAUUAUUAUUAUUGGCAUCAUCAUCAUUAUUUGCGACAUCUUCCAGUCUACGUACAUAUUCCUUUGAUCUCGUGUCAGUACUAUAAUUAAGUUAAGUAUGGAUCACAGUGCCGUACUGUGCUAUAGAGUGACAUUCUGUGGCCCUGUAACAAGAAAACUGUGCGUAACAACAAGUUAGUUGACAAGAAUUAGGUGUACUGAAGGAUGUGGCCUAGAGUCGGUCUAGAGUGGACACAGUGUGAAGUCAAGUGGAAAUGCGAGUUUGCACGUCUCCUAAUACUUUGGGUAUGGUGAGGCAGUACAGUAUAUCUUGAAACAGUGAAUAACGUGCUUUUGAGAGAUUUAGAUGCUGUACAGCUGUGGCGAAGAGAGAAACGAUUCCAAGGCUGUGUUAUAUCCAUUGAGACCCUGAGUGGUGAUGUGGUGGUCUGUGCUAGUCACCCAUGAAGACCUCCAUCUUGCCACACACAAACACACACACACACACACACACACACGGGCCUCCUCCCAUCUCAGCCAGGCGUUCAUUAUUCUAUACCCUUCACCGCUGACUCAAGUUCCAUUGAAUCACGAAACAAGUGACCAACAGGCUGUAUUAAUUUUAGUCUCCCACUGUGAUAACAUUGCUCAUUAGUCAUUCAUGUUCGCCUGUCUGUCUGUCCGUCCGCAACAUAUCAAAGUUAUCGACACAUUUAUAGGAAAGAAAAGUUACGUCAUGGGUCUUGAGUUAGGAAGUAAUAUAUUUACAGGCGGAUCCGGAUGUUAAAACCAGUUCUUUUCUUAUUCCUCUCUCUCUCUCUCUCUCUCUCUCUCUCUCUCUCUCUCUCUCUCUCUCUCUCUCUCUCUCUCUCUCUCUCUCUCUCUCUCUCUCUCUCUCAAAAGCUUCCUCAGAUUUUCAAGGCCCACUGCGGGCGAGCCACAUUUCAUAGCAGCAGAGUGAGAAAGCUUGCCACAUUUUUGUAUGGCUCUGGGCGAGAUAAACGCUACUUAAGUGUCUCCUUUCUACUUAUUGUGCCUUACCUUCAGUUGUGGCGGAAUUUAUAAUUUGUAUUUUUCACUAGCCAUGAAUAGACAUUUCGUGUUGGGUAUAAAUAAGAAAUAUGAUAAUGUCUGUAUUACUAUGUCAAGUUAUAAAUGUUUAAUAGGGAAAAAAAAUAAAAUAUGAUACUGAAA